AUGUCAGGAGACCUGGCAGCUGAGAGCAGAGGUUACACACAGAUCAGAGUCAAGAAAUUCUCCUACAGAUGGACCAUCAGCAACUUCUCUUUUUGCUUGGAGGGAAGCUUGGGCAAUGACAUUGCAAGCCCCACUUUCUCACCAAGAGCCAAUGACCAACAGAAAUGGCUUAUGAAACUAAACCCGAAUGGGAUGGAUGAGGAAAGCAGAGGUUACCUGUCAGUUUUCUUGGGGUUGGUCAGCUCUCCAGAGAGCUCCGUGUGGGCAAAGGUCCAGUUUGGGAUCAUAAAUGCCAAAGGAAAGAAAUUCCGAAUCAUGAACAGUCAAAGAGUCAUGAGGUUCAACCCAAACCAAGCCUGGGGUAUCACAAAAUUCAUUCGUCGAGAUUUCCUUUUUUGCACUAGAUGUUUGCUUCUCCCAGCUGACAAACUCACACUCUGCUGUGAGGUGAGCAUGGUUCAGGACUGCAUCAGCAUCUCUGAACAGAAUAUGCAGCCAGGGAUCAAUGUUCCAAGUUGCACACUUGUAGAUGAUCUGGGAGAGCUGUGGGAGAAUUCUCGCUUCACAGACUGUUGCCUGGUGGUAGCAGACAAGGAAUUCCGGGCUCACAAGGCCAUCUUAGCUGCUCGCUCUCCAGUUUUCAGAGCCAUGUUUGAACAUGACAUGGAGGAGAGCAGAACGAAUCACAUUGAAAUUCAUGACCUGAAACCUGAAGUCUUCAAGGCAAUGAUGGACUUCAUUUACACCGGGAAGGAACCAGUCCUCCACAGCAUGGCAGAUGCUGUGCUGGCAGCUGCUGACAAGUAUGGCCUGGAGCGUUUGAAGGUCAUGUGUGAGAGUGCCCUCUGCAGGGACCUCUCUGUGGAGAACGCUGCACACACUCUCUUACUCGCUGACCUCUACAACUCAGUGCAGUUGAAAUCUCGGGCAAUGCAUUUCGUUGCAGCUCAUGCUUCUGAGGUUUUUCAGACCUCGAGCUGGAAGACAGUGGUCCACUCCUAUCCCCACUUGGUGGUUGAAGUAUGUACCUCUCUGUUUCCUGCAAAUGGUCUUUUCCUGGAGCACCCCCUCAAAUGCCUGAAGCGAUCUUAG